AUGGAUAAAUCAUUUUCGGAUUCCAAUCUUACCUUGGUUACCACACCGCCAAAUUUUAUACCAAAAAGAAUUGUGAAGAGGAAAAUCGACACAGGGCACGGGUUGGAGAUGGACUCAUUUAAAGAAGAAUUAAAAAUAAUGAUUGAAGAAAUAAUCUCUAAUCAACAUAAUGAACUAAAGAAAAUUACUCCUACCCUGAUGGAUAUUCAGCAAACCAAUAAAAGCAUUGAAAAUUCUAUAAGUUUCCUCUCGAGUCAAAAUGAAGAGUUAAAGAAAAAGCUUGAAAAAUUUGAAAUGCAAGCUAAAAAAGACCGAGAGCAAAUAGUACUGUUGGAAGAUAAAAUAGAGGAGCUACAGAGAAAUGAUAGAAAAAACAAUUUUGAAAUUAAGAAUGUUCCGAAGGCAAGGGAAGAGAAUAGACACAAUCUAAUAAAUAUGGUAUUGAACCUGUCUAAAACUAUUGGCUGUAACAUAACGGAAGGUGAUGUGCACGAUAUAUAUAGGGUGAAAAGCUCAAAAAAUGUUAUCAACACACCAAUAGUAGUGGAAGUCUCGUCAAUAUUAUUAAAGAAUAACUUCAUAAAAAUGUGUAAAUCGCAUAAUGUCAAACGUAAAGAAAAGUUAUGUGGCAAACAUUUAGGAUUUACGACGAACGAAGACACUCCUAUAUUUAUCGGCGAACAGCUCACCGCAAAAGGUGCUCGUCUGUUCUACCUAGCGAGAGACCUAGCUAAAAGUAAAGCCUAUAAAUUCUGCUGGACCAGUUAUGGAAAGGUUUACAUCCGCAAGCAAGAAAACACACCAGUAAUCCUGAUCAAGACUGAAGCUCAAGUAAAUCAUCUUUUACAAUGUGCAUGA